AUGAAAGCAACUGAGCCUAGUGUCCGACGUAGCAAGCGCAAACAAGUUAAUGAGGAAACAGAGACUGAGCAACCAGAGACGGAAAUGGAGACUAAGCAACCAGAGAAGGAAACUGAGUCUGAACAACAAGAGAGGGAAACGACGCAGACUGCAAACAACAAAAAGAGAACACGAGGACCAACUAAGAUGCGUAAAUUGGCAAAAGAUGCUAUGGAGAAGGUAGAUGUGGAUUUCUCAGCUAUUGGCAAACAUUCAGGCCCAGGAUCAGUGACACUUUCAUCGUUUCUUGGUGCUCUUGUGAGGGAGCAUGUACCGGUACUAUUUGACGAUUGGAGGGCAGUUGAUUGUGCAACUAAGGACAUAAUGUGGGAGGAAAUUAAGGCAAGGUUUAAUCUGGAGGAAGGUUGGCAAAGACACAGUGUUUUCAAACAGAUGGGUGCAAGCUGGAGGGCUUAUAAAUGUAGGUUUGUUACUAAAAUUAAAAAAUGUAAGAGUGGCAUUGAGAGGCUUAAGUUAAAACCAAGCAACAUUCAGUCUCUAUCAUCUUCGAACAAUUGGGUGAAGAGUAGGACAUCCCCUGCUUUUAAGGUUAAAAAUGAGAAAUACAGAAACCUAAGGAAGUCUCAAAUUCUUCACAUAACCAGCUGUAAGGGCAUGUUUCGUCUAUCUAUGGAAAUGAAGAAAAAGAGUCCUGACCCAAGGAAGGUUACAAGAAGUAAGGUGUGGUUAGCUGGACACACUCACUCUGAUGGGAGACCUGUGAAGCCAGAAUUUCAAGAUACAAUUGAGAAGAUACGAUCAACUGAUAGUCAAAUGGACUCCACCACUACUGAAAAUGUAAGAGAAGACGCUAUCAGUCAAGUUUUAGGGAAAGAUAGAUAUGGAAGAGUUAGAGGGAUGGACAGAGGGAUUAGUCUAAACAAGCUGGAGUAUAUUAACGCUAGAGACGCACAUGUUCAGAAGCUUGAGGCUUCACAAGCUGAAAUGCUGGGCAAGAUAGUAGAAUUGCAUAAUGAUGUUCGUUGUUUACUAUCUGGAAGAAGGCCAUCCGGUGUAGAGUUCGAUGCUCAGUCUAAUGUUUCAAUCACAAACAAAGGAGGAAUUAAGUGUAAGAUAUUGGCUUGGUGCGGGCCAGAAGUUGUUGUGGGGGAAGGGGAAUUCUGCUCGUCUGACCCAAACUAUAUGAUUGGUCGUAUUCAACUCGGUCCAGACGCAGCAGCUAUUAUUGCUCACACUGCUACAAAGCCAGAUGCAUUUGUAUGGAGGCCUACCAAAACGCUUUACACCAUUACUGAAGCUAUCGGACUUGAAAUUCCUUGGCCAGCUGAAAGGCUAAUUUUGGCUUCAGACAACAUCUCCACAACGGGACAUAAGCCUGAGGCAUCCGAUGAAACAAAUGAUAAAUGCAACAUCUUUGCUUGGAAUGUAACUGAAAUUAUUGGUGAGGGUGUAAUUUGUUCAGUUGACCCAACUGACAAGGUGAACCAUAUCACUCUGGGUCCUAAUGCUGCAAUUGUUAAGGUUCUCACGGUGAUUCAUCAUGAUGCUUUUUUGUUGAGACCAAGUAUUGAUAUGGCAGUACUUGGUGAUGUUCUAAUUGAGACCAUCGCAUGGCCACUUGAUAAGAUUGGAUGCGAUGCCAACACAUCUGUACCAGAUGUUUCAGCAUAA